AUGUUUGCCAGACGAUCUGCUACCUCGACGCGGCAGUUGCUGCACGCCCAGCGCCGCUGGGGCUCUCAUGCCGCCCACGAGCCCGUGAACGAAGGCUUCGGCCGCAGCUUGUACGUCACCGCUGGCUCCAUCGCCGGUGCUUACAUCCUUUACCGCAUCAGCAAGUCCACCGAGGAAUCCGAUUCCCCGUCCUUCAUCUCCGGCCUUAUUAGCAAGUGGACCCCCUCCCAGGAGACCUUCGAGCAGCGCAAUGCUAUCCACACCGCUAUUAUGGAGAAGGUUGCUGAAGACCGCCACUUGCUUGGUAGUCAGGGCCCCCGUGAGGCUAUUGAGCUGAUGCAGCCUGAUAUGAUGAACACCGGCUCGCCUUACAACGUCUCCCCUGGCUCUCAGGCCGAUCUCAGCGCCGUCGUGGCUCAUUACAAGCGCAAGAACCAGGAGAUCGAGGACGCCCGGGUUGCGCGUAUGAAGGAUGGCAAGGCUUCUUCUCUCUACGAUUAG